AUGUCUCUAGAGGUACGAGAGAGAGAAAAGAAGAGAAAAUUAAAAGAAAACACACACAAAAGGUUUAGAUAUAUAGAUAUCUAUCAUCAUAUCAAUAUGACGAAACUAUUCUAUAAAGAAAGAAUAACAAAUAUAGUUGAGAAUAGUUUAAGAGUGACUAGUUGGGACGGUAAGAAUAUAAAGGCUACAUUUGAUGUAGUGAUUAAAACAAACUAUGGAAUGGGUGAUGAAUGUACUCUAUUUGUACACUUGGCAGACGAGAAUAAGAAAAGUGGGUUUGGGAGAUCUCGUAGUGACCCAAUCUAUCAAACAUUGGUAAACUUUGAUACCGUACAAGAAAAGAUUAUAACUGUAUCAAUUACAACUCCUUUAUACUCGUUGUCGUCUAACGAAGUAUCGUCGACAGAUAACAAUAAAUGGGCCACACUCCAAGUUGAAAUUGGAAUGGUUGGACCAAAAAAGAAACUAUCUAUUGGUAUGGUUUCAGGUGAACCUGUAAUGAAACUAGAAUAG